CAGCAAGUUGCAUUAGCUUCUGCGUUGGGAUUCUUCUUGGAGCCUCUUUUCGUAGCAAAGUUUUGCACAAUGUUGUACUCUGUUUUCGAGCCCAAUGGCGCGCUGAAGAAAACAAUGAAAGGAGCGGACAAAGCGAUUGUGACAAAGUCCUUUGGAAAAUGGGAAAGCAGCUCUCUAAGGUCCACGACCAUGGAGAAGCCGGAUGAGCCGUCCGAGGAGACCAAGGAGGAGAAGCCAUCCAAGAGCACCUGCAAGGACCCUGAAGUCGGCAAGAAAACGCCAGAUAAAAGGGAUGAACUACAUGAUCAGCUCCUGAGAGAGAAGUGUGCAAGCAUCUAUAAGUGUGAAUCUGGCAUCUUUUCCCACAGAGUGCCCUCCAAACAACAAUCAAAGAUGGAGUCUGACGGCGAGGAACAGACUUUAAAAACGUGCAGCACAGGGCUGGCUAAUCAAGACUUCAUGACUGAGACUAGAAGCCCAUAUGGGUCCUUGGUGAGGAAGCGCAGUGCUCAGGAAGGGGUGCAGGGCGCCCCCAUCAACAAGAGGAAGUCCCUGCUGAUGAAGCCCCGCCACUACAGCCCCAGUGAGGCCUGUGCCGACGAGAGCGAGGACCUGGCACCGCAGAGGGACAAAGACGAGGCGAGGAACACUGACACUCCAGCAGAUUCAAACUUAAGUCCAUUCAAUGGCGUUGCUGAGAGAAACGAUCGCUGCGAUACAACAUUAAAGUCUAAUGAAUCGCUGGGGUGGUCUGAGGCCACACCUGAUGCCUCGCCGCAGUGUGAGGUCAGCACCCCUGAAGCCCACAUGGAUGAAGAUGAGGAGUUCUUCAAUAAUGAAGCAGAAGACCAAAGUCAAGACAGGCUGAGCAGCACGUCAUCGCCUCAGAGCUCCCUAACAGACAAGAGGGAGCUGGAAUGGGCUUUCUCUGCCAAGAUGAACGGCUGCAGUCCCUCCAGAACCCCUGACGACCCUUCACUCAGGAACAGCCACGUGAAGGAGGAGCCUCACCCAGACAUGGAAGGUCCCAUAGUCAGGGAAGGCCUUUUUCAGGCCGAGGCGCUGAGAUACAGGCUGUGCUCAGCGGCAGAGGAGGACAGCGAUGGCGAGUCCGAGGUGGAGAAGCCUCCCCGGUUGCAAGGCUGGGCGCUGGACCUCCACCAGAGAGGCCUAGAUAUAGGCCGCAGUAGAGUGAACCUGAGCAUGUUGGAGCAGGCCAUCGCUCUGCAGACGGAGCAGAGACAGGCCCUGCAUCAUGCCUACAGGGAGAUGGACCGCUUCCUCAUGGAACAAAUGACCAAUGAGAGGAGACACCACAGAAUGAUGGACAUGGACAACAGGAUCAGCUACCCUGCAGGAAAAGACUCUCCGAGGACAGAUAAGAGGGACAUCAAGUGCCCCACUCCGGGCUGUGAUGGCACGGGUCAUGUGACUGGCCUGUACCCCCAUCACAGGAGUUUGUCUGGGUGUCCCCACAAAGUCAGAGUACCUCCGGAGAUCCUGGCCAUGCACGAGAAUGUCCUCAAGUGUCCCACCCCCGGGUGCACGGGAAGAGGCCAUGUCAACAGCAACCGCAGCACCCACCGGAGUCUGUCGGGCUGCCCCAUUGCCGCUGCCGUGAAAAUCUCCAAACCUCAAGACGAGAGUCUGAAAAGCAGACAAACGCCCGAUCGCUCACCGAGAGCCAUCGGCCUGGUGAGGAAGUUCGACAUGACCCAGCUAAACUACCGCCUCGCUCACCCGGUGGCUGCCUUGCAGAGCAGCCUGACAAAGGACAUGGACAAGUACAGCAGGAUCCGCUUUGAUUACGCCAGCUUUGAUGCACAGGUCUUUGGGAAGCAGCCUCUGAACAGGAGCAGCCACGACCAGGAAGUGGCAAUCUAUCCUGACUCACCUCAGCAGUAUCCUGGCUUCCUUGUCGCUCCAGGUGGCCGCUUGCCCACCUCUGGUCAGCACAGCCCACCAAGUCAUUUGAAAAAAGAAGACGGCCUCCAAGUCGCCACCACUGCCACCGCUGCCAUCCUUAACCUCUCUACUCGCUACCGGGAGAGUGGUGAGUGUGUGGCCGUCCGGCCCUUGGCAACCUCUACAAAGGACAUGCACAUAGAGGUGGAUGAAAACGGCACCCUGGACCUGAGUAUGAAGAAAAAUAAAGAAAACUCAAAAGCGCACACAAAGUCACCUGUGGACGAGGCGAUCCCGUCUUUGGAGUCCGUAGUGGUCAAAGGGGGCAGCAUGCUGAUCAGCCCCGCCUUCUCCCAUCCGCUGUGUGAGAGGGACAGCUGGGAUAGCCCCAUCCCCGUCAACUUCAGCAAAGCUCACGUUUUACACGACAAUGAGCAGGAGGACUUUGAUCAAGUCAACAUGGAGGAAAAUCAAGGCGAGGCGGGCAUGAUGAGCUCCAAGGCCAAGAUGCUGCUACGAGAUUCAAAGAAAGAGCUUUUGAGCUGUCCGACCCCAGGCUGUGACGGCAGCGGCCACGUGACGGGGAAUUAUGCAUCGCAUCGGAGUGUGUCUGGAUGUCCCCUGGCUGACAAGACACUCAAAUCACUGAUGGCAGCCAACUCUCAGGAACUAAAGUGCCCAACACCUGGUUGUGAUGGAUCUGGACAUGUGACUGGGAACUAUGCAUCGCACAGAAGCCUGUCAGGAUGUCCGCGUGCCAGAAAAGGAGGCUUGAAGCUCACCCCAAGCAAGGAGGACAAAGAUGAGCAAGAGCUUAAGUGUCCUGUGUUUGGCUGCGAGGGACAGGGCCACAUAUCGGGGAAAUACACGUCCCACCGCAGCGCGGGCAGUUGUCCGCUGGCCGCCAAAAGACAGAAGGAGUCGUCUAUCAGUGGCCUGCCCUUUGCUUGGAAGAGCAACAAGCAGGAGCUGCCUCACUGUCCUCUGCCCGGAUGCAACGGCCUCGGACACGCCAACAAUGUAUUUGCCACGCACAGAAGUUUGUCAGGAUGCCCGCUGAAUGCACAAAGUAUCAAGAAAAAGCACACAGAGGAGGAGAUGAUGACCAUUAAACUAAAGGCCAGCAGUGGCAUUGAAAACAAAGAAGAGAGUCACCAGCUGGAGCAGGACAUCCAAGACCUGAAUGAAUCCAACAUGAAGAUAGAAGCAGACAUGAUGCAGCUGCAAACACAGCAGAUCUCGUCUAUGGAAUGCAACCUGAAGACAAUUGAGGAGGAGAACAAGAUGAUGGAGCGGCACAACGACGGCCUUCUGAAGGAGCUCGCUCGCCUUAGCCAAGCACUCAUUAGCAGCCUCACCGACAUCCAGCUGCCUCAGAUGGGGCCCAUCAGCGAGCACAAUUUCGAAGCCUAUGUGAACACACUGACUGACAUGUACAACAACUCGGAGCACGAGUACUCGCCGGAGUGCAAGGUCCUCUUGGAUAAUAUCAAGAAGGCCAUCAAGGGUAUUCAUGUUUGAUCUUUGGUAUCGAUCUUCAGCACCGUUUCCCUGAGGAGUGCAUCUCAAAGCAUGUGGAAGACAACAUUUUAUGGUGGACCAGACAUAUUUGCAUUGAUCCUGGUGAGAUGUACACUCUUGCACUUAAUUAUUAUUUGUUUUGCUUGAUUUGAAUCCUUAUGUGUUCAUGUCAUUCCUCUAUGAUGGCUAUUUAUUAAUGCUAUAUUUGUCCAUUGCUGUAUUUAUUAUUAUUUCAUCAAUUUGUAUUUAUUUCUAGAGUUGUAAAAUUACUGAUAAGUCCAAAAAAAAUAACUAAACAAAUUGUGUUUUUAUUAUUAUUAUUAUUCUGCACAGCACAUUCCAAUUUUAUGAUGGUGCACUUUCGCCAUCUAGUGUCGACAAACGUGUAUAGCAGUUAGCUGGCCCUUAAAAGUCAAACUACACCAAAACGUUCAUAGUUUUAUUAUCAAGCAUUGCUUUUUCUAUUAUUUAUUUCAAUCUGAAUGUAUUCUAUAUUCAUUUCAAAAUAAUAAUCCUAAUGCAAUGUCACUCUAAUUAUCAUUUUUAUUUUAUUUUUUAACUAACAGCAAAAAUGCAACAAAAAUCGACUUUUUUUCAUUUUUCAAAUGUAGUCGUUAUUAAAUUGCCUUCUGUGCACACACACACACACACACACACACACACACACACACAGGCGUGGUGUGCAUGUCGUAUGUGCCUAAAUGUAUAUGAAUUCAUAAGAAUAAAGUAAUACUCUACAACAGUACUAUGUUUUGUUUGUGGUAGGACAGUAUUAUGUGGAUGGUGUCUAAUUUCUAUACAACAUAUACAGUACAAUUAUUUUCAUAUAUAGGAGCUCAUGUUCCUGAUGACUGUUUUUUUUUAUUCUCAGUAGCUCAUCAGACUGGAAAGGUUUUUAUUUUCUCUUUUAGUUGCAAACAUUGUGAGGUUAAAAAGGGAAGGGAGUUCAAAUACACACAUAAAUAGACUCCUGUUUAUCUUUGAAGUGCUUAAAAAGCCUUAAAACACUCCCAAGAAGUCUCACUUAUUUAACAUUUUCAAUAUUCUUGUAUCACACAAGGCAGAGUUGAAUACUCGCUAUUAAAAAAAAGUCAUCGUGAAGGUCAUCAAAUUAGAAGGUACAAAAUUAGCUAAAAAUCAAAGACUUUAUUGCUUAAAGGUGUUAUUUGCACUUUUGUUUCACCCCACUGCUCUUGUUAUAAGCACACCUCAUGACCUUUUAUGUUAACCCUUCAUGUACAGUAUGUUCCAUUUUAUUUCCCACAUGUAGCCAAGCAUAGAGUUCAGUUGACAGCAGCAAGAGCCAAAUUAUUCAAUCCCUGUUUUGACCCCAUAUCUAUUCCUAAAAACAACUGAAUGACAUGCUUUUAAAUGUAAUCUUUAUUUAUAGUUUUAUAUUUAAUUCUUACCAAACAGGCACGCACACGCACACACACAUUGUUUGCUCAGGAAGUUCUGUGAAUAAUAUAUUUUUUCCUCCCCCAGCCACUGUUAGUAUUUGAUGUUUUGUAAUGUGAAACGCUUCUUUUUGUGGACCAAUAUUAUUAGUAUGAUAAUAUGAGAUUGUAUUGUAUUUUAUUCUUUUACUUUCAUUAUGACGUAAUGCUUUGGAUUUUCAGUUGAAGUAGUUUGUACAUUCAAAACUUCCUAUUACUUUUACGAUUUCCUAAUAAAAAAAAAAUCAAGAUAUGCGCUGUGUUGUACAGUUUGUGUAUGGUAGAAAUAAACUUUUCAAAUGGGUCGCUUGUUUGUGUCUUUUCAUUACCUUGUGAGUUAGCA